AUGAAGUUGAUCGACGUGCUUAUUACGAUUCUGCUCGGGGCGUCGACUGCCGCUGCUGCCGCAAUUUCUUAUUCCAACACCUCCACCUUGGUCAACGUUGCCAUUCCUGGUCCUAACGCUCCGAUUCCCAUUUUGCCGCAGCCCAAUGCCAACGACAAAUACAAGAUCGAAUGUGUCUCUCCGUCCCCACACACGUUAUCGGGGCCUUACGACGACUACUGGCACAGCAUGGACAUCUUCUGCCACUACCUUGAAGACAGCAAAAUCGAGUUCAAGCCAGGUGAGGUCUUCGGUGCCGCUGACAGCCUGUGUAACUCCAAGCGCUGCUUCUUCGUCUCAGCCAAGAAAGAGUGCGACGAUCCAAUAGAGAAGACGCCGACGUGGCAUGAGUGUAUCGCAGCUUUCGAGUAUCCGUUCAAUUCACGUUCGACGGACAAGCAUCAGGGACCGUGUAGUCAGAAAAAGGAACAUCAAGCAGGUGCAACCAUACUCACACCAACGGGCUGCUGGAACUUCUCCGUGGAGGUCCAUCGGCCAUUGCUUGAGUGGUGA